UUGGUGGCUAGCCUUUUCCUCUGUGCAUCAGGUGUUUCACGCACUUUGCAUGUUUGUAUCGAGGUCCCAGCGGGGUGCGAUGGUUUGCAGCAAACACCACAACUCUGGCCUCCCUCUUUGGUAGCCAGCUAGCUAGACCGAGCUGAGUGAAUCAUUUAGUGAUCACAUGACAGGCGAAAAAGAUGAAAAAAACAUUUAUUAGUAACUAGAUAAUAAAAUAUAUUGCCUGAAUCAAGCCUUACCGCAUUAUGCUCUCUUUUAUUUAUCUUUAGUUUGACAUUCACUUAUUUUAUUUUUGCCACUUAGUGAAAACGGCUUUAACUGUACGUAGUGUAGAGAGCUAGCUAAAUAUGCUACAUGUACACUUUGCUAGCUAGCUGUUUACCUUAGUUAAGAUUAGAUGCUCGAGUUAACAGUUUCAGUCUUAACACCAGCUAAAAACUUGUGACACAUAAUUAAGCGGAAUUUACAUUGACGGUUGGCUAACCGUUGCUAUUGUCAAUACUGUUGAAAGUGACAUUUGCUUAACGAGUUUGCGCUGUCAGUUGCUUUUGAUAGAUAGGAACUAGCCAGCUUUUAGCGUAAUUGUGAAGUUCUAAACGAAUAUAGAAUGAUCGGUUGUCUUAAGUAGUUUCCUUUUUUGAAAUUUAAAGUCUGGAUUUUUGAUGUGAUAUCUUGAAAUUUACAUAGCCUAGUUAAGUGGAUCAUACUGGUAGGUAAGCUAUAUUGACUGAAUAUGAAAUAUUUUAAAACGGAGCAUGCAGAAUACAGUGAUUUGAUCCAAGUUGAUUAUGACUUUAUCUGAGUUUUUUAAGGUUAACAGUGUACGCGAAUAUUUAAACAUGCAAAAUCACGAAUCUAGUAACCACGCUAUGUUUUGACCAGCGAUGUGGUCUGGGGUGUCAAACCUUGUUUUCUCAACUCACUGAUUUGAUUACAGAUAACUUGCUAACCACCACUAACCGAAUGUUAUUCAUAGUCACCUAACACUUGUUUGAUUUUUGUUUGUGAUUGGUACAUCUUCCUAAUUUAUUCACCUUUUAAUUUAUCAUUUUAAACUUUCUUUGUCUCACUUGUCUUUUUUGUAUUAUUUUUCUUUAUGUUUUAUCAAACCUCGAUCAUGCUUCAUGUUGUACCCCUCCUUCCAAUCGUCUUCCCCGCCUUGCGCUCAGGCUGGUCACAGACUGGUCCUGGUGCUCGGAGACCUCCACAUCCCCCACCGCUGCAACACCCUGCCGGCCAAGUUUAAGAAGCUGCUGGUGCCGGGGAAGAUCCAGCACAUCCUGUGCACGGGGAACCUGUGCACCAAGGAGAGCUACGACUACCUGAAGACGCUGGCCGGAGACGUGCACAUCGUCAGGGGAGACUUCGAUGAGAACCUGAAUUACCCGGAGCAGAAGGUGGUGACGGUGGGCCAGUUUAAGAUUGGGCUGAUCCACGGGCACCAGGUGAUCCCCUGGGGGGACAUGGCCAGCCUGGCCCUGCUGCAGAGGCAGCUGGACGUGGACAUCCUCAUCUCCGGCCACACGCACAAGUUUGAGGCCUUUGAGAACGAGAACAAGUUCUACAUCAACCCAGGCUCUGCCACUGGGGCUUACAGUGCACUGGAGAGCAACAUCAUCCCUUCCUUCGUGCUGAUGGACAUCCAGGCCUCCACGGUCGUCACGUACGUCUACCAGCUCAUCGGCGACGACGUCAAGGUGGAGAGGAUCGAGUACAAGAAAUCCUAAAGCCCACGAUCGGACGGAAAAACCAGACGCGUCGCUCCGUUCCCAUCCCCUGCAGCUCUGACACCGGUCCCACAGCGCUGAACGCUGCACCGUACCUGUCCGCUAACUUAAUGAAAGAAACGUAGCAUAUCUAUCAUGGCAUAUAUACGACGGCAGCGUUUGCCUGUGUUUGACCCACCUUCAGCGUGUCCGGAGAGAAUGAGAUGAUGUCACCUCCAUUCACGUUAUUUCAAUAAUGAAGAUCUGGUGCCACAAUUUAUUUUGUUUUGUUAAGUUUUUUUUAGUUAUGUUGAAAUUUAAGUUUUGUUUCAUGUACAUGCCCUACAAAAAAAAAAAUUUUUGGCAUUCAAUUUCAAUUGAAGAUUGUCAUUCACUUUUGUGUUAUGUUAUCAAUAAAAUCUCAUUAACAAUU